CCCCGCCAUGACUGAGCCUGCACCUGAAGCUUCAGGCUCAGGCGAUCCCCAACAGCCGUCCAAGAAUGCCUUGAAGAAGGCCCAGAAGGAGAAGGAGAAGGCCGAGAAGAAGGCCGCAGCCAAAGCCCGCGAGCUCGCCGAGCGCCAGAAGAAGGAAGCCGACGACGCCGCCGACGUUUCCGUAGACGCGUAUGGCGAACUCCCGCUCAUCGGCUCCAAAGACUUCCAGCCCACCGGCACCCCUCGCGUCGACCUUUCUGACCUCGAGAAGCUCGAGGACAAGGAAGUCACGUUCCGAUGCUGGGUCGAGAACGCGCGUGUUCAGUCUGCGAAGCUGGCGUUCCUGAACCUGAGACAGGGACUGAACACGGUGCAAGCGGUUGUUGCGGCGAGUGACAAGCUGAGCAAGCAGAUGGUCAAGUUCUGUGGGAAUGUGAGUACAGAGAGUACAUUGGCGGUAACUGGGAUGGUGAAGAGGGUCAAAGAGCCGAUCAAGAGCGCAUCGAUCAAGGACUUUGAGAUCCACAUCACCAAGCUCUUCAUCGAGGUCAAGGCCGAAGUUCCCCUGCCCCUGCAAGUCGAAGACGCCGAGCGCCCACUCCCCAGCGAGGGACUCGGCGACGAAGACGAGAAGCAAGCCGAAAGCAGUGACGCUCGCCCCCUCGUCGGCCUCAACACUCGCCUUAACAACCGCACACUCGACCUCCGCGCCAAAAUCAACCAUGCCAUCUUCGUCAUAAAGUCCGGCGUCUGUACCCUGUUCCAAGAAUUCCUGUCCCAGAAAGGCUUCGUCUUGAUCCACACGCCCAAGAUUCUAGGCGCGGCCUCGGAAGGCGGCGCCAACGUCUUCGAGCUCAAAUACUUCGAUCGGCCGGCCUAUCUAGCUCAAUCCCCGCAAUUCUACAAGCAAAUGCUAAUUGCGUCGCGGUUCCAGAAGGUCAUGGAGAUUGGUCCGGUGUUUAGGGCUGAGAAUUCGAAUACCGCUCGCCAUUUGACAGAGUUUACGGGGCUUGAUAUGGAGAUGGAGUUUGAGGAGAAUUAUCAUGAGGUUAUGAGUGUUUUGGAGGAUCUCAUGUUGUUUAUUUUCAAGGAGCUGAAUACCCGGUAUAAGAAGGAGACGGAGCUUGUGAGGAGUGCGUAUCAUGUUGAUGAGUUUAAGCUUCCGGAAUCAGGGAAGGUGCCAAGGAUACCGUUUAUGGAGGGGAUUAAGAUGCUAAGGGAAGCUGGAGAGGAGCUGGGUGAUUAUGAUGACUUGACCACCCCCCAAGAAAAACACCUCGGCCGCCUCGUCCUCGAAAAAUACAACUCCGACUUCUACGUCCUUGACCAAUUCCCCCUUGCCAUCCGUCCCGCCUACACCAUGCCCUCACCUGCCAACCCACUCCUCUCAAACUCCUACGACAUGUUCAUGCGCGGCCAAGAAAUCCUCUCGGGUGCCCAGCGUAUCCAUAACGCGGACCUGCUGGCCGACAUGAUGCGCAAGCACGACCCACCCGUUGACCCCAAUGGCCCUGGAACAAAAGACUAUGUGGAGUGUUUUCGAUAUGGGUGUCCGCCGCAUGGUGGUGGCGGAUUUGGAUUGGAGCGUAUUGUCCAGUUUUGGUUAGGGCUACCGAAUAUUAGGAUGUGCAGUUUGUUCCCGAGGGAUCCGCAGAGGGUUAUUCCGUAGAUGGGCGCGGGAAGGGAAAGGAUUGAAAUAGAGACGGGAUAGAUGGGGUGUGAAUGGUGGCUGGUAGCGCGUUCUGCGGAAGGCUUUCUGCGGGUGUAGGGCAAAGGUUUUGCGUAAAAUAAGAUGUGUGCAAUUUGAAGAUGGUGGUUAGGGGGUCUGCAACUACGCAUUCCUUGGUGGCCACUGGCUUUCACGGGCAGGUAGAAGCAAUGUCAGCAUUGACUAUAGCUAAAAACCUAAAAACAAACUGUGG